CCGCCGCCCUCCUGCGCGCCGCGCCCCGCCUCGCCGGCCUCCCGCGCCGGCCCCGCGCCCUCCUCCUCCUCCUGCUGCAGACGCCGCCCGGCGCCGCCAUGCCCGGCCCGGCCGCCGGCAGCCGGGCGCGGGUGUACGCGGAGGUGAACAGCCUGAGGAGCCGCGAGUACUGGGACUACGAAUCGCACGUCCCGAGCUGGGGCAAUCAGGACGACUACCAGCUGGUUCGAAAGCUCGGCCGAGGGAAGUACAGCGAGGUCUUUGAGGCCAUCAACAUUACCAACAACGAGAGGGUCGUCGUGAAGAUCCUCAAGCCAGUGAAGAAAAAGAAGAUAAAACGCGAGGUUAAGAUUCUGGAGAAUCUCCGUGGUGGCACCAACAUCAUUAAUCUGAUUGACACUGUCAAGGAUCCAGUGUCAAAGACCCCUGCUCUGGUGUUUGAGUACAUCAAUAACACAGAUUUUAAGCAACUGUACCAGAUCCUGACAGACUUUGAUAUUCGGUUUUAUAUGUAUGAGCUGCUUAAGGGAAGAGAGCCUGACCUAGGAAGCACAGGGCUACCCAGGUUGGAGCACUGGGCUUGUCACCAGGCCCUGGAUUACUGUCACAGCAUGGGAAUCAUGCACAGGGAUGUCAAACCCCACAACGUCAUGAUAGACCACCAACAAAAAAAGCUACGGCUCAUAGACUGGGGUCUGGCCGAAUUCUACCACCCAGCUCAGGAAUACAACGUCCGUGUGGCCUCUAGGUACUUCAAAGGACCAGAGCUCCUUGUGGACUACCAAAUGUAUGACUACAGCUUAGACAUGUGGAGUUUAGGCUGUAUGCUGGCAAGCAUGAUCUUCCGAAAGGAGCCCUUCUUCCACGGCCAGGACAAUUAUGACCAACUGGUUCGCAUCGCAAAGGUCCUGGGCACAGAUGAGCUGUAUGGGUAUCUCAAGAAGUACCACAUAGAACUGGACCCACACUUCAAUGACAUCCUGGGCCAGCAUUCCCGGAAGCGCUGGGAGAACUUUAUCCACAGUGAGAACAGACACCUGGUCAGUCCUGAAGUCCUUGACCUCCUGGACAAGCUGCUGCGAUAUGACCAUCAACAGAGGCUGACUGCCAAGGAGGCAAUGGAUCACCCCUAUUUCUAUCCAGUGGUGAAGGAGCAGUCCCAGCCCAGCUCAGAAAAUGCUGUGCUCUCCAGUGGCAUGACAACAGCACGAUGAGGACUGGAAAACGACGGGUCCGAUGCUGUUGCUCCCAAUUUUCCAUAAGCAGAAUGAGAACCAAAUCAAACGUCCCAUCGGCGCGGUAGAGCGACGGCGGGCGGACUGCGCGGCGCGGGCAGGGCUCAGAGCGGGGCACACGCCUGGCUGGACGGCACUCGCCUCGCUAUGACCGCAGCCCUUCCCUCCGAGUGUUAAAGGUUCUUCUGCCUCUGUUUCCUUGUUGAGCUCUUCCUGACCCAGAAAGCGUGGAAAUGUGAAGGGUGUGCAAAGCAGUUGUUGGUUAGUCGUUCCUUCCUCUGUUCCAGCUGUUCCCCCUCAGCCUCUGAUGGACCAUGGUUAGCCAGCUUGUGCCUGUCUCUUCCAGGACAUGGGGGUUGCAGGGGAUGUAGUAUCGUGAUGGACAGUUCUAGACUAUAAUUAAAAGAAUUCUAUAUUGUUGAAUAAAAGUUUUAAA